GCGCACAGCCAUUUUCCAGCGUCUGGAGAACAGCGAGCGAGCGAGCGCUAUGGAGAGCCGGGACGCGCGGCUCCACCGUUCCUGUCUAUGCUGAAAUUCCGAGAGCCGUGGUGCAGCGACAAGCAGUGAGGACUUCAGAAGAACAGCGGAUUUGGCUACCUGCUGAUACAUCCUCGUGACGCAGGUGAAUGAACAGCUUUUCUGGAGCUGCUGCAGAGAGAGAACCGCAAAGGGGAGACACACCGAGUACGGAGAGCCCGGCAACAGCUGCAUCUAUCCGCAGCCUGCUCUUCCUGGGUUUGCUGCUUUGAACACUGCUGGACACGACAGGUGAAGGAAAGAAUUGGGUGCCAUGUCAACAAUGGUAUACCCACGUGAUGAAAAGCUGGAGAAGCUGACACAGGAUGAGAUAGUGCUUAAUACUAAGGCUGUGAUCCAGGGUCUGGAAACAUUGAAGAAUGAGCACAACUCAAUUCUUUCCACAUUACUGGAAACCAUGAAAACUCUGGAAAGGGAACAAGAGGCCAGUGUGGUGCAAGAGAAAUCUGGCUUGUUACGCAAGUCCUUAGAUGCCAUUGAGCUGGGACUGGGAGAGGCACAGGUUAUCAUUGCCCUUUCCAGUCACCUGAGUGCUGUAGAGUCAGAAAAGCAGAAGCUAAGGGCCCAAGUGCGGCGCCUUGUCCAGGAAAAUCAGUGGCUGAGGGAUGAAUUGGCCAACACCCAACAGAAACUGCAGAGAAGUGAGCAAACUGUAGCACAGCUGGAAGAGGAAAAGAAGCACCUGGAAUUCAUGAAUCAGAUUAAGAAAUUUGAUGAGGAUGUGUCCCCUUCGGAUGAGAAGAGUAAUGAGACCACAAAGGAUAGCCUUGAUGACCUCUUUCCCAAUGAUGAUGACCAAGGCCAAGCACAGCCUCCAAGCAGCGGGGAUGUGGCUGCACAGCAUGGGGGGUAUGAGAUUCCAGCUCGUUUGCGGACCCUUCACAAUUUGGUGAUUCAGUAUGCUUCACAAGGUCGUUAUGAGGUUGCAGUACCACUCUGCAAACAGGCAUUAGAGGACUUGGAGAAAACAUCAGGCCAUGACCACCCUGAUGUGGCAACUAUGUUGAACAUUCUAGCUCUUGUAUACAGAGAUCAGAAUAAAUACAAGGAGGCUGCACACUUACUUAAUGAUGCCCUUGCAAUUCGGGAAAAGACUCUUGGGAAGGACCACCCUGCAGUGGCCGCAACAUUGAAUAACUUGGCAGUACUGUAUGGGAAAAGAGGAAAAUACAAGGAAGCAGAACCCUUAUGCAAAAGAGCUUUGGAGAUUCGAGAGAAGGUCCUAGGCAAAUACCAUCCAGAUGUGGCAAAACAGCUGAACAAUCUGGCCCUUCUGUGUCAGAACCAGGGAAAGUAUGAUGAAGUGGAGUAUUAUUAUAGGCGAGCACUGGAAAUCUACGAGUCAAAGCUAGGUUCAGAUGACCCUAACGUUGCUAAGACAAAGAAUAACCUGGCCACCUGCUAUCUGAAGCAGUGUAAAUUCAAGGAUGCAGAAGCACUUUAUAAAGAAAUUCUCACCAGAGCACAUGAAAAAGAAUUUGGAUCAGUUAACGGGGACAAUAAGCCCAUCUGGAUGCAUGCAGAAGAAAGAGAAGAAAGCAAGGGAAAGAGAAAAGACCCUGGACCUUAUGGAGAGUAUGGUAGCUGGUACAAAGCUUGCAAAGUUGACAGCCCCACAGUUAAUACGACACUGAAAAGCUUAGGGGCAUUAUACCGGCGCCAAGGAAAACUGGAAGCUGCUGAAACCCUAGAAGAAUGUGCUACUAAGACGCGCAAGCAGGGUCUUCAUGGAAUGGAUGCCAUCAACCAGACUAAAGUUGUGGAGCUGCUUAAGGAUGAUUCCUUAGCUGCAGGAGACAGAGGCCAUAGUAGGGAUGGCUUAAAUGGACCAGGAGCCUCCAAAGGUCACGGUGGGGGAGAGGGAGAAGAGGGUGCAGAGUGGAGUGGGGAUGGUAGCGGAGCCCUCCGCAGAAGUGGUUCGUUUGGAAAGAUUCGUGAUGCCUUACGUCGCAGUAGUGAAAUGCUUGUCAAGAAACUGCAAGGAAGUGGACCCCAGGAGCCACGUAAUGCAGGAAUGAAACGUGCAAGUUCUUUGAAUUUCCUAAACAAAAGUGUUGAUGAUCCUUCACAGCAACCAAGUGGUGGCCUCUCGGAAUGUAGAGGUUUGAGUGCCAGCAAUGUGGAUUUGUCCAGGCGCAGCUCACUGAUUGGCUGAAGAGAGCACAAAUCAGGAUGAAAAUCUUAAUAAUUCUUGCUGGACAGAAAUGCCAAAUCAAGGACUAUUGAAAAAACGCUGCUUUUUCUUUUUCUUUACAAAUUUUGCCUUUGUAUAAAAUAUUUUUAAUUUGCCACAGCAUACGUAAUUUAAGUUAAAAAAAAAAGAGAUUUACAAUGUAAUUAAUAAAUAGGUUUUACUAUACGAGAAGCCAUCAUAGCUUGUAGAGAAAAAGUAGAAAAAGAAAAAAAAAAAUGAAGCAAACCAGCAUGCUGCUCUUUAGCUAACAAGUUCCUGUCAAGUUCCAGGUGAAGACACUCUGUAGAGGAGCGUGAGUUUUGAAUGUGUGACUACAAUUACAAUUAUGUCUAAGAAAAAAAUAAGGAAAAAACAGAGCCUAGCAGAAAGUUUUUUUUUUCAUUUACACUACAAAAUCAAAAACCUUAAAAAUAAUGCAAUCAGGUAUAUGACAAUCAGGGAGCCAGAAAACCUACAAGCCAUGAGCACAGUAAACCCAUGAUAAAUUUGUAGAUAACAAUAGCUGUAAGUAACAGCACUCUCUUAUUUGUAACAUGCUUAUACUUAGGUACUUUAGUAAUGGACUUUAAAACAAAUGCACUUUGUUCUUAUAGUUAUUUUGCAGUUUUUGCAUGAUGCCUAGAGUUUCUCUGAGGUGGAUUGUCUUUUUAACUGUUAUUGAGUGAGCUUUGUAAAACUGCCUACCUAGGAGUGCAGGUUUGUAAUGUUUACAUAUUUGUAUGUUGAAGCUGCUGACUAUAUUGGUGGGUUUAGGUAGACAGUAAUUUAAAAGCUUUCAUUCGUUCUGUUUGGUUAAAUAUACACUUAGAAUAUUAAUCUUACAUUUAGAAUAUUUGUUUAAACUAUUGUUUAACUUACGUAAAGGCCACAGAACACUACUGUUAAGUCUUAUUUAUGAUGAACAUAUUCUGAAACCCAUCAUCUUUGAAUCAUAUACCACCCUGUCUUUUUAAAAGCGGGAUAUACACUCGCUGUAAUUGGCAAUGCAAUCUAGACACUACCUCAGUCACUAGUAAAUAUAGUGCCACCUCCAUUGGAGGGGAAAUUGCUGUUUUAAACAAUCUGUUUAUCUUUGAUGAAAAUCAUUUUAAAUGUACAUUUUGAAAGUCAUCUAAGUAACUACCUUCGAAAGGGGGUGGCCUUAUCCAUAUUAUUUUUAAAUCAUUUUUGAGUAGGUUUUAAAAAUAUAAAGGAAAAGAACACAGUAUGUUCCAACUGUGCUUUUCUCCACUCUACUGGGAGAUCUCCUGAAGUUUAAGUACUUCACAAAUGAUAGUGCACUGGAAAUAAUUCACUAAGAUUUAAAUGGCAUCCUCGUUCACUUAAGGUCAUCCAUAAAAUGACGGAUCAAUCCCUGAUUGUCUGGGUCUUUUUCAAUAAACUACUAGAAUGUCUAGGCUGCUCUGUGCUGCAGACAUGUUUCAGGCAUCCCAGUGCCAUGAAUGUUAGUCUCUGGCUUACAGACUGCAUGGAUGGUACUUGACAAAUUGAAUAUCAGAGAUUUUGGGGUGGGGGGGCAUGAGUUACUGUGAAUGCUUCGCGUCUUUAAACUUUAUCACUUUGUAGUUGGAUUGUGUUCAUAGAGCUGUGGUAGAAAAAUAAGCAGUAAAUAGGGCCUCAGACCAUUAAUACACAUGACACUGCUUGUUUUAAGAAACUAAAAGGUACAAUUGAUUGAUAUAAAGGACUAUGUGUGUUUCGGGUAUUCUGUAUAUAGAAGUAUAAAUUAUUUUUUUUUGUAAAUAUUAGGAAUUUUUCAUUUUGAGCCAGUUAGAAAGUUAUGCUUACAACUUUACUGGUAGAAUUUUGUAAAAUCAGAACUUAAUUCUUAAGAGUUUGUUUUUUGAUUUGAGGUUGAUAUUAAAUGUUUAACAUAGAAUCCCCUCCCUCUUACAAUGUAGUACCAAUUUGAACUUGGGCAUUUAUUAAUUAUUAAAGUCGGGGAUACGUUAUUGAAACAAAAUGAACAAGUACAGAUCUGAAUCCUAAGUAGUAGACAGCUCUUUCUAUCUCAUGCCCUUUGUAAUCACUUUGGAGUUUUCACUAUUCCUUCUCCUUCUGCUUAUUGAAGGCUGGUACAGUAUGCUAGAAGAAUUGAUUCUCUGUUUGAUUUUGGUUCUAAAUAGCUGAAAAAUUGCCAUUAAUAUACAGAUAGCAUGCAUGGAGCUAAUGGCCAAGAAAAUGAAAGCCAUUAUUAACAGUAACACUGCGGUAGGACUACAUUCAGCAAAUCAACUUACGUACAGACUGACUCUUCAAACUUCAUUUAAAUAAAUAAAAGCACGUUCUUUGUUCCUUGAAGGUCAUAUCAAAAGCUGUCUGUAGAAUUUUGCAGUAUCUGUUUUUCUUUUUUCUCAUUUUCCUCUGUAAUGUUAUUUGUACACUUGAAGUUUAAUUGCAGAUUUAUAGAACUGCACCCACAAAAGAUAUCAGUAAGAUGGUGCACAAGUGACUGGUGCUGUACUCAAAAUGAACUUGCGAGCAUGAGUGUUUUCAAAGGGAGAAGGCAGUGAAGAGAAAUGUUUUCUUCUUUAAAAACAAGACAAAAUUUGAAGGUAUUGUUUUCAUUCAACAGAAUGGGCAUAUAGUAUGGAGUAAAGGGGAUUGUGUUGAAAAAAGAUGGCUUUACUUCAAAUCUCAACUGAAAAGUAUAAACUUGUUUUGUUAGCUGUCUUGUUCAGUUUGAAGCUGCUUGUGAUAGUCAGCCCUAAGCUGAUUUUACAUAACUCUGUGGAACUGGAAUGAAAUGUGUUUUCAGCUAAGCCAGGAAACACGUAGCUACACUGUAUUUUUUCCAUAUGGACUACUGUUGAAAUCUUAGAAGACAAUACACACAAAUAUUUUAUUAAAGACUCAAUAAAAUAUCUUGUUCUCAAAACUGU